CGAUGCCCAAGGCAGUCGUGCCGACGAACCAAGACCCUCUGUCGAUAGAGAACUCGGCCAAAAAACCCGCGUCGCCGGAGAGCUCGUCCAAGAAGGCGGCCAAGUACGCACCCUCCGCAUCGAGUGCCAAGCAGAUUGCGGUCAAAUCCAACGGCCCAGUCGCCAGUGACGCCAAGCCAACCGACAACAGCAAACCAACAGAGACGGAAGGAGCACCGCCAGUAGCGAAUGACGCCGCAGAGACAAGUAUCGAGCCUGCAGCGCCACCACCUGAAGAGCCCAGCUUGGAGGAGCUGCUUGAAGUACCCAUCGGUAUUUUUGGUCCACAGUUUAUCCGUCGCGAUACCGAAGAUCUCUGCUUCGCCAUGGGCAUGACCCUCAACGAAGUCGGCAAACUCAUCGCGAUCUUCAACGACAUCGACGUCAACUGCUCUGGACUCAUCAACUUGGUUGAAUUUUACCACCUCCUCGACUCGCCCCAGAACGCGUAUACGCUCGGCGUGCUUCGUCUGGCGCCCGCGCGAAAGGACCCGAAGAAGCUCGAGAUCGACGACUUUGUCGAAAUCAUUUGCAAAUUUGUGCGCAUGCGGCCGCGCGAGGUUGUGACGUUUUGCUUUGAGACGUUUGACGAAGACGAGUCAGGUGCAUUGGAUCCGAUUGAGUUUCUCAACAUGUGUGCUGCGAUCCAAGUCAAGGGCAAAGGCUUCUUUGACGGCAACUUUCGCAAAGCGAUGAAUUCGUUCGAUAAGAACAACGACGGGCUCCUCGACCUCGACGAAUUCCAGGAGAUCAACGUCCAGUUCCCACUCGUCUUUUACCCGCUCUUUCAAUUCCAAAACAAGAUGCUGCAAAACACGCUCGGGUGGUGGAAGUGGUACCAAAUCACGUACCGUGAGCGCAAGAUCGACAUGUGGCGCAAGUACAUGCACUCGCACCUCGGGCGGGAGCCGCCAAUUACGCUCCAAGACCAGCUCUGCAGCUGCCUCUACAAGACCAACCAGAUGCGCCUCGUGGCCGCGCAGCUCUACAAGACGGACCGGAUGCGCUUGACGCUCGAGGCGAAGCGCGCGGCGUUGCCUCUAAUACCAAAACCCAAGCCCAAGGUCCCGCUCCCGUCGCCCAACGACAAGUACAAGCAAAGGUCAUCCAAGAAGCAGCCAACCCAGCCUCUCAACCCCGUCAUCAAGCCCGCUGCGACGGCCAAAGAGCUUCAAUUAGCUAAAAAGCACACGUCAAGUACGCGCGCCAAGACCUCUCGAUGACAUCGUUUUCAAAACUACGAGUAUUU